UCUUACUACAUCUGUUUCCUUCUUACUUCGCUCCUAUACCAGAACCGCCGAUACGACGACUAUGACCAACACCAGCCUGGCAGACAAGAACCAGGCUUAUUGGAAUAGAGCAGCCAAAUCUGUCUUCAAAGACAAGUGGGUGCACGACUUGCAGAAGCAAAUAUCCGACUUCCUCACUAGCAACGUGAACUGGCUCGGGGUUCAACUUCCUUCGAACGACACCACGAGAGAAACCAAGCUAAUGGACUACGCAUGUGGUAACGGGGUAGUCUCUAUGAUAUGCUCUAGGCAGUGCCCAUUAAUCCAACUGGCGAGACCUAUACUGAUGGGCUUGCUGCAAUUAUAGCCCCUCCACCACCUAUUCUCCAGGUGCAUUGGUAUCGAUCUCUCAGACGGAAUGUUAGAUAAAUACCGUGCUACUGCUGCAAGUCUAGGACUCCCCGAAUCUCGUAUGAUGGCCGUCCAAGGUAAUCUUUUAACCCCAAGAGUUCAGCCAACCAUUCCUUCCCUGGACGAUGAGGAGCUGAACGGCUUUGAUCUGGUUGCUAUCUGCAUGGCCCUGCAUCAUGUUGAAGCUAUACAACUAGCUACGCAGCGCUUAGCAUCGAGACUACGUCCAGGUGGCGUUUUCCUCAUCAUUGACUGGGCUACACGCGACUCGUCGGCCGUGAGCGAGCAUGUUUCGCUAGAUGCAGUGAAUCCCGAACACUUUGCUGCAUGUACCAUCUCUCAUGAUAGUUUUACUCAGGAACAGAUUGUAAGCUUACUUGACCAAGCUGGUUGCGGGGAUGCGCGAUUCGUGCUGGCUGAUCGUCUAUCGGAUGUUCCUGGUGCUCGCAGUGGAAAGAUGCAAUUGUUCUAGGCUCGGGCUACCAAGUUAUGAUUCAAUGUAGUGAGGAUCGUGGAUAUAAAGUGAACUGUGUGAAGGUCGCUCUGUAUGGGUUUACUGCUCGCUCAGUAUCAUG